CCCGAAGUAGCCGAAACCCAAUUCCCAGCCCACACGCGCGCGGGCCAGAUAAUUGUAUUUUCCAGUUGGGCUUCGUCGCCCUUCGCCUCCCCCUGAUCAGGAAACACACACACAAGGUGCACCGCCAAUGGCUCCUCCAUACACCAAGCUCCCGCACCAGCUACACCAAUUCCGUACCUUCAUCGACGCCAGAAUCAAAUGGGUCCGAGACCCAUACCUCGACUUCACGGUCCAUCGAGAGAAAGACCUCCAGCAAGCCGUUUUCCUCAAGAACCACAUCCUCUCAACCCCUUCCAAGUCCCUCCCUCUCUCCACCGCCUCUCUCCUCAAACCUCACCUCCACCUCCCCACCUCCACCUACAAGUUCUCCCUGAAAUACCCCUCCAUUUUCACCCAAUUCCAUCCCCGUCCUAACCUCCCUCCUCAACUUAAGCUCACCCAGCAAGCCCUUGCCCUCCACAAAGAAGAAUCCGCCAUUCACAGCUCCCCGAUUCACCGAAAGGAAGCGGUUCGACGCCUCUCCAAGCUCCUAAUGCUUACCAGAGCCUGCAAAUUGCCUAUAUAUAUAGUAGAUAGAAUGAUAUGGGACAUGGGUCUUCCUCAUAAUUAUGUUUUGACCCUUCUCGCAGAUUUCCCCGAGUAUUUUCAGGUUUGCGAGAUCAAGGACGAAUUGAGUGGUGAGCAAGUACUUGCCUUAGAGCUUGUUUCUUGGAGGGACGAACUGGCAGUGUCGGAAUUGGAGAGAAGGGUGUUGAACUGCGGUAACUCGGGCUCCAAGAAAGGAAGGCGCAUUGCGUUCCCCAUGUGUUUGCCAAAAGGAUUUGAGUUAGAGAAAAAGGUGUGGAAUUGGGUCGAGGAGUGGCAAGAGCUUCCGUACAUUUCUCCCUACGAGAAUGCGUUUCACUUGUCGCCUAGUAGCGCUCAGGCUGAGAAGUGGGCUGUGGCGGUGCUUCACGAGUUGUUUUGGUUGCUUGUGUCGAAGAAGAUGGAGAGGGACAUUGCGUUUUGCGUGGGGGAGUAUUUGGGGUUUGGGGCGAGGUUUAAGAAGGCUUUGUCUCAUUAUCCGGGUAUAUUUUACGUGUCAAAUAAGAUCAGGACGCAGACUGUGGUGCUUAGGGAGGCUUAUAGGAAGGAUUUCUUGGUGGAGAAGCAUCCAUUGAUGGGUAUGAGGUAUCGAUACAUUCAUCUUAUGAAUAAGAUGCCUAAGUGGCGAAAGCAAGCGGUUGUUAUGGCCACUGGGGGCUGAACAGAAGGCUGCUUUAUCUGGCGAAUGCCAAUGGGUAGAUCGAAAGGGAGGAAAAGCGAACUGCGUGAUCCAAAGCUACAGAAGCACAGGUUGUGGCGCGGUGGACAUCUUUGGCUGGCUAGCUGCUGCGGCGGCAGAACUAAUCAUAGGAAUUGUGCCAGGUUUCGGGCGUGCAGGAAGUUAAGAUGAUCAACACCCAGAUGUCAAUGCGUUUUGUUGAUGAGAAAUCAACCGAGAUGACUUCCUCCCACGAAGUACGACUCUUGUCCUCUAAGGUGUAACCUGCUUCCCCGGACAAAUAGACAGGCCCUUUUGGAGAAAACGCAAACGACCUUGUACGUGUUUGUUAUUCUAUCAAAUCGAGGCCGUCGGACACAUCAUCGGAUUCAUCACUAGCCUGUGGCAGCAUUAGAGCUUGUCCCCCAAGAGGGUUGUAGAGAAAAUCUUGUUCUUAGCCAAACCAAUUUUUACAGAAAAACACGCCAUAAUAAAUGCUAACUAAACUGAAACAGUAUAAAUUUGCAAACUCAGCAAUGGGGUUAGUGGCUGCCUUCAAAGUA